AUGUAUCCCCAUGUGAUUGCUGGAGAACUGAAUGUCAAACUGGAUCCCCUGAAGAAGAAGCUUGAGGUUUUCGAGAAAGAAAAACUCACCUGUGACAAAAUAGCUGGACACAUUAAGACUCAAGCUGUGAACACAGAGAAGCAGAUCAAGCAGGAGUUUGAGAAGCUUCAUCAGUUUCUACGAGAUGAAGAGGCAGCCAGGAUAGCUGCACUGAGGGAGGAAGAGGAGCAGAAGAGUCGGAUGAUGAAGGAGAAGAUUGAGAAGAUGAGCAGAGAGAUCUCAUCUCUUUCAGACACAAUCAGAGCAAUAGAGGAGGAGAUGGAAGCAGAUGAUGUCACAUUUUUACAGAACUACAAGAGCACGGUGGAAAGGAGCACUUACUUCUGA